CUCUCCCCCCCCUCUUUUUAUAAUAACAAAAACAACACAAAUUAUAAUCCAGUCAGGAUAAUAAUAAUAAUAAUAAUAAAAAGGCUGAAGUUUCAGAAAUGAGUUCCUUGACACAAUUUAACUUGGACCAUUUUACUUUUUCUGUACCUGGAAUUAAUUCAGAUUUCAGAAUAACUCAAUUAUUACAAGUAAUCAGCAAGGCUUCAAUUGACUUGAUCUUAAUUUGUUAAUUUGUUAAUUAGUUUUGUUUUUUUAUUUUUUUUAUUUUGUUUUAUUUUAGAGAGCAAGUUUCUUACAAUCACUUGGUGCUACUGAAGAGAACAAUUAUGAAUUAGCUCAAAUUAGACAACAUUUAAAACUCAUGCAAAAUGUUUCACAUGGAGCAAUGAAUUACAAAGAACAAGAAAUACAAAAUGAACAAGGCGUAUCUAUUGAUAUAAUUCAAAAAGAAAAACAGCAUUAUAAUAGUAGUAGUAUAUUUACACCUGAUCGAUUAUCUGCUUUAAAACACCAAAUUAUGGCUUUUAAAUUGUUGUCUAAAAAUACACCUUUACCGCCAAAUCUACAACAAGCUGUUUUAACUCCUUUGAACAAUAACUCUAUAACAAAGCAUAUUAAUAAUCCUAGCUCAUCUGCUUCUAAAGAUGCAUAUGUAUCACCUUUAAGUUUGCUUGUUAAGCCUAUAUCAUGCUAUGCUCAUUCUUCUCGACAUCAUAAAAUACUUGUACCAAGUAUUUUACCUAUUGGCGUUGAUCCAAAGGAACUUAUUUCACAAAGAGAGCAAAGAUUAUUAGUACGUUUACAAGGAUAUCAAAAGAGAGGAAAUACGAUUAAAGAUACCAUUCAAUUCAAAUCAAUCAAAUUGCAUGGUGUUCAAAAAAGGCUACGAAAUGAACUCGUUUCUGGUGUUAUAAAAUCUACAGUUUUAGCAUUGUCCAUGGAUAGAGUCUCUUAUAGACGUAUGAAAAAAGUUUCUUUAAGAGAUGCACGUCAAGUUGAAUACAUAGAUAGACAACAAUAUCAGUCAAGACACCAGAUGUUACAAGAGAUGAAACAGAAUCGUCUUUAUGCUAUCUGUGAGCAUGGUUCUCAAUUGAUUACUCAUGGUAAACUUAAAGAAAGUAAAGCCAUCAAGUUAGGUCGUGCUGUUCUCCAAUAUCAUCAACAUAUUGAAAAGGAAGAACAGAGACAGAUAGAGAGGGUCUCAAAGGAGCGUAUCUUAGCUCUCAAAAAUGAUGAUGAAGAAGCUUAUAUGAAAUUAAUUGACAAAGCUAAAGAUACUCGUUUAACUCAACUUUUGAAACAAACAGGACAAUUCUUGGAAUCUCUUACAAAGUCAGUAAUUGAUCAACAAAAUGAGAAUAAGAGGAUGAUUGCAUAUAAAGCCAGAAAUGAUAUUGAAUAUGAUAUUGAUACAGAAGAUAAUGCAUCUACAGAAGAUUAUUUUCAAAUAUCCCAUAAAGUGUAUGAAGAAGUAUAUCAACCAAGUACUUUGGUGGGCGGUAGACUAAAUGACUAUCAAAUAAAAGGCUUACAAUGGAUGGUUUCUCUUUUUAAUAACAAUUUAAAUGGCAUAUUAGCUGAUGAAAUGGGCUUAGGAAAGACAAUUCAAACAAUAGGCCUUAUUACUUAUUUGGUUGAAGUAAAGAAACAAACAGGCCAUUUUCUUAUCAUCGUUCCUUUAUCGACAUUAACAAAUUGGACAUUGGAAUUUGAAAAAUGGGCCCCUUCUAUAGAAAAGAUCGUUUAUAAAGGAACUCCUCCAGUUCGACGUGAAUUAGCUAAUUGUAUUAAAGCAGGAAAAUUUCAAGUCUUGCUAACAACAUUUGAAUAUAUUAUUCGAGAUAGAUACAUACUUAGUAAAGUGAAGUGGCUAUAUUUAAUUAUAGAUGAAGGUCAUCGUAUGAAGAAUUCUAAUUCAAAACUUACGGUAUGUCUUAGACAACAUUAUCGUACUCAAUAUCGUCUCAUCUUAACUGGCACACCACUUCAGAAUAACUUACCUGAGUUAUGGGCUUUACUUAAUUUUAUUCUUCCAAAAAUAUUUAAAAGUGUAAAAACGUUUGAAGAAUGGUUUAAUACCCCUUUUUCACAUCAGGGUGUACAAGAUAAAGUACACUUAAAUGAAGAAGAGCAACUACUCAUUAUUAAGCGACUUCAUAAAGUACUCCGUCCUUUCUUAUUAAGGCGUCUUAAAUCAGAUGUAGAAGCAGAAUUACCUGAUAAAAUUGAGCAUAUUAUCAAGUGCAAAAUGUCUGUCCUACAGGCAAAAUUAUAUCAACAAAUUAAAAAACAUAAUGCUCUCUUCUUUAGCAAUAAUUACACAGAUAAUACAAAAGGGUCUAUACAAGUGAAGGGUUUAAAUAAUACAGUUAUGCAACUUCGGAAAGUAUGUAAUCAUCCAUUUGUAUUUGAAGAGGUAGAGAAUGCUUUAAAUCCUAGUGGAAAAUCGAACGAAUUACUCUACCGAACCUGUGGCAAAUUUGAAUUAUUAGAUCGAAUGCUGCCCAAGUUAAAGAAGACAGGUCAUCGUGUUUUAAUGUUUUUCCAAAUGACCUUUAUCAUGAGUAUUAUGGAAGAUUAUUUGAAUUGGAGAAAUUAUAGUUACUUGCGUUUAGAUGGUUCAACUAAAGCAGAAGACCGCUCAACUCUUUUACAUGAUUUUAAUGAACCCAAUUCCCCUUACUUUAUCUUUCUAUUAAGUACACGAGCUGGUGGUUUAGGUUUAAACUUACAAACUGCAGACACAGUCAUCCUAUUUGAUUCAGAUUGGAAUCCUCAUCAAGACUUACAGGCUCAGGAUCGAGCACAUCGAAUUGGUCAAACAAAAGAAGUUCGUAUUUAUCGAUUAGUUACAUCUAAUUCAAUUGAAGAACUUAUUUUAGCAAGAGCUCAAUAUAAAUUGGACAUUGAUGGUAAAGUUAUCCAAGCAGGUAAAUUUGAUAAUAGAAGUACAGAAGAAGAUCGUGAAGCAUUCUUGAGAAGUUUAUUAGAAGAUAAAAUGGAUGAAAGUGAGGAUAAGAUAAAUGAAGAAAUAGAUGAUGAGGAAUUGAACGAAAUAUUAAAGCGCUCAGAUAAAGAACUUGCGAUAUUUAAGAAAAUUGACAAGGAAAGAGUAAAAACAGAAGCACAGAUGUAUAAACGAAGAGGAAUUUCUAAACCACUUGAUCGAUUAAUACAAGAGAAUGAGUUACCUGAAGAAUUUUUACAAGAGAAUAAUGUAUUAAUUGAGCGAGAGACUUUAGUUGGUUUUGGACGAGGUCAUAGGGCAAGAGAUGAUGUUCUUUAUGACGAUGGCUUAUCAGAUGAAGAAUGGUUAAAUGCCAUUGAAAAUGGAAAAAACUCAUUACAAGAACUGCAAUCUAAUAGAGCUAAAAAACGAGGUCGUACAACUGAUAUUAAUGAUGAGCAAGAUAUAAAUGUUUAUAGCAGUAAUAAAAAGAGCGGAUUCAAUAAAAAGAUGCAUGAGAUUGAUCGAAAACGUGGAAAAAGCAAACAAAUAUCACCCUUGAUACGACAGCAAUUAACUCAAAUUUUUCAAACAUGCUAUCAAGCAAUAGAAAAUGCUGUUGAAGAAGAUAAAACAACAUACAGACAACGAUGUGAAUUAUUUAUGGAUCUUGUUAGUAAAAAAGAAUACCCUUAUUAUUAUACUCUGAUAAAAAAUCCAAUUUCUAUGAACAUGAUAAAAGAACGUAUUCAUACAGACUAUUAUAGUAACAUACUAGAGUUUGAAAAUGAUUUUCAUCUCAUGUUUGAGAAUGCACGUAUAUUUAACGAAGAAGGCUCAACAGUCUAUAAGGAUGCAGAUGAAAUGCAGAAAAUCUUUGAUAAAGAACUCGAAAAGCAUUGUCCUAAUGGAGUUUUACCAAAUGUAUACCAACAACAAAAUUUAUCAUCCAUCUAUUUAUCAAAUACAACAACAAGAUCCAAAAUAUCGAGAGCAAAAAUGAAUAAAAUACAAUAAAGUCGAAAAAUGAAAUAGUAUGGCAAUAAGUAUGGAUUUAUCUUUAUUAAGUAUCUAUUUUAUAUGCAAUAUCGGGUAUAACAGGGCCUAAAUUAGUCAAUAUAAAAAUAAAUUACAAGGAUUAUAUUAUGUAGUUAUAUAUACAUAUACAUAUACGAAUAAAUAUAUAACAUAAAUCAUAAGCUAUUUUUUUUUUCUUUAAAUAAACUAUUUAUUUCACCAUACACUACUAAUUUUUUUUUCGCUUUACAG